AUGGAAGUCGGAAAACCACCCUCACAUGAAUGGUGGAAGGAGGCGAUAGUCUACCAGAUUUAUCCGGCAAGCUUCCUCGACUCUAACGGUGACGGGUUGGGUGACAUCCCCGGCAUCGUUUCCAAGCUCGACUACAUCCAGUCUCUGGGAGUCAACGCCUUAUGGUUGUCCCCCAUCUUUAAAAGCCCACAGCAUGAUAUGGGUUAUGAUAUUUCAGAUUAUCGCACCAUCCAUGCACCUUAUGGGUCUGUGAAAGAUGUUGAAGAGAUGAUCCAGGGAUGUCACGAGAGAAACAUCAAAGUACUCCUUGAUCUCGUGGUCAACCACACCAGCCAUGAGCACGAAUGGUUUCAAGAGUCGCGGUCGUCCAAAGCUUCCCCCAAGAGGGACUGGUACAUUUGGCGAGAUGCCAAACACGACAGCGACGGAACCCGAAAACCGCCUAACAACUGGGCCUCCAUCUUUGGGGGUAGUGCCUGGACAUGGGACGAAGUGUCAAGCCAGUACUACCUCUCCUUGUUCCUCCCCGAACAGCCAGACCUCAACUGGACAAGUAAAGAGAUGCGCGAGGCGACAUAUGCAGACAUGGAGUUCUGGCUUGAUCGUGGGGUCGAUGGCUUCCGCAUCGACUCGAUGAAUCUCAUGUCAAAGCACCCUGAACUGCCUGAUGCCCCUAUUGUCGACCCGGAAUCAGAAUUCCAAUCCGGCUCUCUGUACUACGCAAGUGGGCCAAAGAUGCAUGACUACAUCCGUGAGAUGCGACUCAAGGCAUUUGACAAGUACGACUGUAUGACUGUCGGCGAGCUGGGUUUUACCAAGGAUGAGGAUAGCGUGGCCCAGUAUGUAGCCCGCGACCGACACGAGCUCAAUAUGGUGUUCACAGGCGAUAUCGUGGACCUGGAUUUUGGAAACCAACACAAGUAUGGGCCCGGAGAUUUUCAGCUGUCCAAGUUGAGAGACAUAACAAACAUGUGGCAGCAUGCAAUGCCAAAGUGCGAUGGCUGGAACGCCGUGUACAUGGACAACCAUGACUCUGGCCGGUCGCUGUCCCGCUAUGCCUCGGACCUCCCACAACAUCGCAAAGCUGCGGCGAAGAUGCUAGCUACGUAUCUUGCAACCUUGAGUGGUACACUAUUCCUCCUCCAAGGGCAGGAAAUCGGCAUGGCAAACAUCCCAGAGAGCUGGGGCAUCGAGGAAUACAUCGACGUCGAGGCUCAGAACUACUACAAGGCUAUAAUAAAGCAGCGUGGUGAAGGCUCUGACAUGUCUGACGUGUUGAAGGAAAUGCGGAAAAAAGCUCGCGAUAAUGGGCGCUUGCCUAUGCAAUGGGACAGCAGCAAGCAUGGCGGAUUUACCAAUCACGAGAAGCCAUGGAUGAGAGUCAAUGAUGACUAUGUUGAAUGGAACGCCAAGAGCCAAGAGACAGACGAUCAAAGCAUUCUUUCAUACUGGAAGCACAUCCUGCAGCUGCGAAAGGAUGAGAAGGAUGUGUUCGUCUAUGGUCGAUAUGAAAUGAUAGAUGUUGACGUGAGCGGGGAGGACGUCUUUGCGUAUACAAUGACGCAGCGGGACGGAGCCAAGAGUGCUAUUGUUUUGCUGAAUUUUUCGACGGAGUGUCAGACUUUCCAUUGCGAGGGGAAAUACGAGGGUUGGAGGCAGCUCCUUGCUGGGAAUGGAGGCACGAAAAUGGGAGCAAGUAGCGCGAAACUGGAUCCUUAUGAAGGCGUGAUAUAUUGUAACUGGUAA